GUACUUUGUACUACGCCACUAUUAUUGCCACCAAAAAAGAAAAAAAAGACAGGGUUGUGAUUGGACCCGGUCAAUUGAAUCUUCCUUGUUUCAGUGUUUCCCUGUUUCAACCCAUCGGACUCCUAGUCUUUCGUGAAUUUUCGACUCCUAAAUUCUUCUUUUCCAGUUCGUCCUUCCCGCUACCCUCCUCCUUUCAUUUUAACGACAACGAGUUCUCAUCAAAGAUUUGCAUUUGUUGGGGGAGGACAACGACACUCAACUGUUCUUGAGAUUCAAAUUGAAAGUUAGGGCAGUUGACAAGUAACAAAAACCUGUUAGAUAAUUUUUUUUGGGACGAGACAGCUCAGGUAAAUAUAUAGAGAAGUAAAAGGCUGCAUUUAAAGUGAGAUGAGCAAUGACGAUGACUUCACCUUUUGUCAGGUUGGUUCACCUGUCAACGCGGACAGUUUGGGACCUCAGGAAACUGUGCCUAACAUUGGUGGUAUCACUAUCAAGGAGGAUUUUCCAAAUGGAGCAAGUGUUGAUCACAAAGAUGGGUUUUUGAGGAGAGAUAAGCCAUUACACAGUGCCACCUCUAACAAGCAGGGAGCAGUUGGUUCUUUAUCUUUUAAUGUAAUUGAUAUGUCACCUCCAAACCAGUUGAAUGAAUCAUCAAAACAGAUGGUAUCAAAGCAUGCUGGAGAUUUGGGUAAAGGUUCACAGGGACAGAAGACUACUAUCAAAAAGCCUGCGGCUCGUGCUAAGGUUCCUUUUGAGAAAGGAUAUAGCCAAAUGGACUGGUUAAAGCUUACACGGACACAUCCUGAUCUUGCAGGAAUAAAGGGACAAUCAAAUAAAAGGCUUAUUUCCAUCGAUGAAGUUAAACAACACCAACAAGAAGGUUCCAUUUGGGCUGUUUUAAAAGGUCGCGUGUACAAUAUAUCAUCCUAUAUGAAGUUUCACCCUGGAGGGGUUGAUAUGCUGAUGAAGGCGGCUGGGAAAGAUUGCACAUCUUUGUUCAAUAAAUACCAUGCUUGGGUGAAUGCUGAGUUCCUAUUGGAGAAGUGCCUGGUAGGAACUUUAGAUGAUACCAGAUGAUGUGUUGUAACAGUUUGAUUAAUUAUAAGUGGUUCUCUGCUGCCACAUUACAAUCAUACCGGGAAAGAUUAGCUUGAGCAAAUUGCAAACUAUAAGUCAAGUAUAUUUUACUGUUCUUCCAUCAUGUGUAUUUCUCUAACAUUUCAAAGCUGAUUAGCCCUUUGAAGAAUACAUCUGCUUCUCAAAUGCUUCUAAUGUUCAUGGAUGUAAAUGGAUUCUUUGUGUAGAACUGCAAUAUAUUGUUAUUUCAUUGGUCUAGUUA